AUGACCACAACAAAAAUCAUUUACUUCGUUGUUGACGGCAGACCCGAGCAGGCGGAAUUUCCCAGCGAUUGCCCGGCCCAGGACGUAAAAGAUAUAUUCCGAGCUGCUGCUGAGGCAGGUCCCCAUGAUAUCCUGAAACUGUACAACAAAAAAGGCAACAUUAUAAACAUUUCACCAAAGCUGGAAUCUAAUACUCGGCAAACCCAAUACAAACUGGAAGUUGUUGCUGCUGAUUGUAAGACUGAUUCCUUGGUUACAAAACUAUAGAAAAUCCUUGUCCUCAGGCUACAAGGGCUAGAGAAGAAGAUUCUGACUGAAGCUGGGGAGAUGCCAUCCAUCGUUUACGAGAUGAGAAAUCGUGUGGAGUCAUUUCGGGAGAAACUUGAAAACGUCGAACAUCUCAGCUGGCUUGGACUCUUUAAAGAGUUGACAGAGGGGAACAACAAACCUUCACCCUUUUAUCACAAACGUUCACUGAGGAAGAACAAAGAAGAAUGCCAGCAAGUCAUGGAAAAGUACUUGCAGAUGAGUAAUUUGGAAGUCACAGAGGAAAUUCGGCAGUACCUGAAGACACCAACCUUUGAUAACUGGCAAUGGGAAGAUGCAGAGAUAAUGGUUCUACUUCAACUGAUGUUCGUUGACCUGGAUUUCAUCAAUAAAUUCAACAUUGAAAUGGAGGUCCUGCAACAGUUCCUCUUUGAGGUGUAUCGCCAUUAUAACAACAUUCCCUUCCACAACUUUCAGCAUUGUUUUUGUGUCACUCAAAUGAUGUAUGGGUUGAUUUGGUUAACAGAUCUUCAAAGCAGUAUGGAUGACAUUGAUAUACUGACCAUGCUCACUUCUGCAAUAUGCCAUGAUCUGGACCAUCCAGGAUAUAACAAUGCAUACCAGAUAAAUGCUCGUACAGAACUGGCAUUGAGAUACAAUGACAUUUCUCCAUUGGAGAACCAUCACUGUUCUGUGGCCUUUAAGAUCCUGGAAAAGCCUGAAAACAACAUAUUCCGAAAUUUGACAACUGAACAAUAUAAGCGAAUUCGGGAAGGAAUGAUAAAAUGUGUUCUAGCCACGGAUAUGGUUCGUCAUAAUGAGAUUCUGAACCAGUUCAGAUCCAUUCUGCCGGUGUUUGAUUUUAACAACAAAGACCAUAAGGAUACUCUUACAAUGAUUAUAAUAAAAGUCAGUGACAUUUCCAAUGAAGCACGUCCCAUGGAUGUGGCUGAACCAUGGCUGGAUUGCUUGCUGCAAGAAUUUUUCAACCAGAGUGACAUGGAGAAACUCGAAGGGCUGCCUGUGACCCCAUUCAUGGACAGGGACAAAGUGACAAAACCUUCAUCCCAAACAGGUUUCAUCCGCUUCGUGUUGCUGCCCUUGUUCAUUGAACUUGCAAACUUAUUCCCUAAUUUGGAGCAACAUAUCAUUGAUCCUGUGCGCAAGGCUUUGGAUUACUACACUGAGAUGGAAAAAGCCUUGGAAAAGGAGAAACUGAAUCGUACUGGUACCUCAGUGAAUGAAAAGAUUGUGAAAUCUCCAGAAAAACAGAAGGGAAUUGAAAAGAAUGCAGAUUCAACUGAGCCUAGAAAAACUGUCGACAACAUCUCAAACAAACCAACAACAUUUCAAUCUUCACAGGAAAUGGAAAAUAAGUGAAAAUAGGGUUGGCAAUUGGCUCCAUUAGAUACCCAUGCUGAUAUGUUUAUGUAUUAGCUCAAAUAGCAUGCUGCAUUGAGGAGAAAGUAAAAAAAAACUGUAUAAAUCACACCCAUUUCCCUUUCUUUGGCUAACUGUGAGACUAGGUCCCAAUACUAACUCAACUGUUACCAACUGAUCUCAUCCAUUGUGAAUGGGACUGCAGUUAGAAAAGAUAAAAAGAAUUAUGAACCUCAAACCUCAUCACAAUGGAAAAAUAGCUGCUAUGUUUUAUAUGUGUGUUGAAAUAAUAGGUUGAAUAUUGACAAUUAAAUGCAUGUUUAGAACAAUUCAAAAAUAAACUUGUUGUGCAAUGU